AUGAAGCCAAGAACGAUGAGUUUCCAGAGCGUUAGAUCAGAAGUACCAGGCAAAGAAGAAGCUGAGGACGAAUAUGACGUUGAGAAACGCACGGGUGCGUAUGACUGUCUGCUAGGUGAAAAUGUUGGAAAGGACCAUGCAACAUUCUCUCCGUCGGUAUCUUGGCGUUGGGACUCGCAGCUGUCUCCGAGGGCACUAGCGCGAAGCUCCAACCUCACGAUGCAGAUGUCCCUGAUCGGCAGCAUCUCUCCUCUCGCGCUCGUGCUGGUGGCAUGUUGUGUGCCCACGUGCACACUGAGAGAUUAUCCCGUGAAGGAGAACACGUGCUUGCUCCGGCUGCGAGGAGGAAAGUCGACAGCAUUGGGACAGCGGCUUCAGAUCCUCCACCACCAUCUCAAGAAAGAUCCUGAGGGGUAUCUGCCUGAAGUGACCUCCCUGAUGAAGAAAUGGAAUGGUUUCUUGGCCGCGUGGGAGGAGGCGACGGGGGAGAGACAUCAGGAGCUGGGGGAGCUAACAAUUUUUCUGGCUCAUUGCACGCCAAAGUACCACGAGCUGCUGGGGGACUUCCCCAUCCAACUUCUCACCAUCAUCGACCGCAACCACACGAGCAUGAACUCUCAGCUUCGGAUCCAAUUCCUGCAGGCGGCUACCAUCUCGGGAGCGCAGAAGGCGAUCUCGGUGGUGGAGAUGUGCCGAGUGUUCUUCAGGAUGUUCUACGUGCCGGACAAGAAAGUUCGAACCUUCCUGUACGCCAACAGUCUCAACGCCAUCAAGAGACUGAACGCCGUCAAGGUGAACCAGGAGAUCAACAGGAACCUGCAGAGGCUGCUGCUUCCCCUGCUCCAUGGCACGGAUGUUCGCGGAGGGAGGAUUGCGAUCAAGAUGAUGGUCGAGCUGCAUCAGAGGGGGAUGUGGAACGAUGCGUAUGCGAUCAAUAUGAUAGGAGCCGCUUGCUUCAGCAGGCAGAAAUCUGUGAGGUCCGCAGCGAUUCAUUUCCUCCUCAACUCUGACGUUUACAACCCGGAAGAAGAUGACUUUGCCGGUGAAGAGGUUGUUGCAGAUGACUUUGGAAUACACAUCCCUGACGAGAAAGAGAAGCGCAAGCGGAUCAAACCGACGCACCUGCUGCUCGCGAGCAAGAGGAAGAAGAAGAAACUGAGGAAAGCCUUCUCGGAACAGCACAAAGAAGACAUGCGAAUCAUGAGAGAAGGAAGGCGCAAAAAGAAGAAGAUCAACAACGGCUUCACAGUCAUCGAGCAGCUGCACGACCCACAGUCGUUUGCGGAGAAACUCCUGCAGAUGAUAAAGACUUGGAAGACCGCUCUCAAGUUCGAUGAGAAGUUGUUGAUAUUGGAUCUGCUCUCGCGGAUUAUGUCAGUGCACCAGCUCAUCCUCCUUGACUUCUACGACUUCAUGUCUCGCUUCCUCCAACCCAGCCAAGAGGAGCUGCAUAAAGUGCUGGCAAUCAUCGCUCAGAGCGUCACGAGCCUUACCCCGCCCGAGACGAUUUCUACCCUCCUGAAGACGAUUGCGUCGAAUUUUAUUCAUGAUCAAUCGAAGAUGACUUCGAUUGCGAUAGGACUUAAUGCGAUUCGUGAGAUUUGCAAGCGACAACCUCUGGGGAUGGAUUCGGACUUGCUGGCGGACUUGGUUGAUUACAACAAAGAGAAAGAGAAGUCGGUUGUGAACGCAGCUCGGAGCAUUCUGAAGCUCUUUCGGGAGGUGAAUCCAGGUCUGCUGCGCAAGAAGGACAGAGGAAAGUCGUUCAACAAGAAAGGCCCUCCGAAAUAUGGCGAAGUUCGAGGGCAGACAAGGAUCGACGGGAUUGAAAUUCUCGAGGACGAGGACGAAGAGGGAGGGAAUGGAGAGAAUGAUGGGGGGGGGGAAGGGAAGGGGAGGCGGGGGAGAGAAGCAAGGGUUUACGCAUCAGCAGUUUGCGAGUUUGCGGAACCUGUUUGGUCGACAAAGGAUGAGGCAAACAGUCGGCACGUUCAGAGAUCUGUUUCUUCGGAAGACAUCGAAUUCAACACCGACAUCGUCGACACGUAUCCAUCACCUUCGAACUUCACUUUCACUGUUGCAUCUUUCACGAAGAAUCUCUUGGAGAAAGCUUUUGGGAAAAAGCACGUCAACGUUUCGUUGGAACACGUCAGGAGCGAACGAUUGAAGCGUAUCAAAGAGUCGAGAUUCUACUCAAAAGCUCUUGUCACUCUAGAUCGCAAGCUCAACAUGUCCUCCUCCAACAAUGAUAAUGUCUUCUUGUUUGCAAAGGUCGGGAUGAAAGUGCGAGAGGUUUGGGAAGAGGGAGAAGACAGAAUUGGAGAAAUCACCAGGCUCGAUCCAAGCAGGAAAACUUGCGAUGUACGAUUUUCAGAGGGGGUUUCGAGGGGAUAUCCAAUCGGUUCGAGGGCGCACAGUCUUGUGUACAUGGGAGGAACAAGUGAAGAGGAGGAGGAAGAGGAAAAGAAAAGGAAGAGAAAGGAAGAGGAGACGAAAAUCGAAAGGACUGACGGGGCAGUGUCGUCGUUGUUCAACGUGAUGGAUUGCGAUGCUGCUGAAGAGCUCAUCUCCAGCGACAAGAGCUCCGAGAUCGUCGUGGACUCUGAUGAACCAGAAGAGGGGGAUGGAGAUUACUUGGAGGAAAGCUCGGGGGAGGACGAGGAAGACGAGGAAGAUGACGAGGACGAGGGAGAGAACGAGGAACGCGAACCCAAAGUUAACUCUGUGAAGAUGAAGAACAAGAAGAUCGAAGCUCGAAGAAUCCUCACGCCUGAGGACUUCGAAAAGAUCAGAACAGCCCGAGGAGAGCAGGACGAUGAUUUCAACACGAGGCUCUCUGGAGAUGCUCUCCUGGCAGCGUCUCGUAGGAAACAGACGAAGGCGGAGAGGAUGGAAAAUUGUCGGACAGGGCGGAACAACAAGAAGCCCAAGACGAUCAAGCGAUCACGGAGAAACGUUGACAAGACAAGGCGAAACACCGCGCUCUACAAGAUAACGAAACAGCGAAGACUUGAAGAUCGAUUGAGGAUGGAGAGCCGCAGGGUCAACAAGGAGGCAGAGAGGAAGAGGCACAAAGGGCAUUUCCACAAGUUGAGGAGGAAAUGA